AUGUCUGACAACCAAACCUCUUCUCUCAAAUCGUACAUCGACUCUGCCACUGGCACGGUUCAAAGUACCUUGGGAAGCCUCACCGGCAAUACUGCUGACCAGGCUAAGGGCGAUGUUACCAAAGACCAUGCAGCAGCCGAGAAGGAUGCCUCCCACACCAUCGGCAAGAUUGGCCCGUAUGCAGUAUCCUCCUCUGGCGGCAUCUCAUCCGACGACCCACGCCGUACCGAGGGCAGCUACGACCAGACCAUGGGCUCUGCUAAAGAAGCUGUCGGCGGCUUAUUUGGUGCCGAGGGGUUAAAGAAGGAAGGCCAGCAGCAGAACGCUCAGGGAAAAGGUACAGAAGCUGAGGGCCAGCUUUCAGACUACGGCCAUGGAUUGAAGGACCGCGUUGGUGGUACGGUUGGAGGAUUAGCUGCUGGCAUUACAGGGGAUAAUGAGAAACAGCAAGAACAGCAGUUGAAGCAUGAUGAUGCUAAGACGAAGCAGAGGAGCGCUGAGCACGAUAUCCAGAAGCAGGCAGAUGCUUAG